AUGAAUCAUCCGAAAAAUUUAUCUACGAAAUAUCCUUCAAGAAAAGCCUAUGCCCUGGUGGACGGCAAUAAUUUUUUUGCUUCAUGCGAGCAAGUUUUUAACCCCAAAUUACUUCGAAAGCCGAUAGGAAUUCUCUCAAACAACGACGGAUGCAUCAUUGCACGAAGUAAUGAACUUAAGCAGUUGGGUGUGCCUAUGGGAACACCUAAAUUUAAAUGGAAUAAGUUUCUCCAAUCUCAUGAUGUGCAUCUGUUCUCUGCUAACUUUUCCCUCUACGGCGACAUGAGCAAACGCAUGAUGAUGACCUUAACUUCUAUCGUUCCUAGCAUUGAAAUUUAUUCGAUUGACGAAGCCUUUCUAGAUUGUUCUAUGUUUCCCCCGUCUGAAUUAAACAAGUUAGCCACAAGAAUUUAUCAAACUGUUCCACGUUGGAUUGGAAUACCUGUAGGUGUCGGUAUUGCUCCAACAAAAGUACUCGCAAAGAUUGCUAAUCAUUUUUCUAAAAAACACCAAUGUCCAUUUGUAAUCUAUUUCGAUAAGAUUGCCGACUCGCUUAGAGAUCUACCCAUUAAGGAUGUAUGGGGAAUUGGUCGCAGACUCACCAAGAAGAUGAAUGCUUUAGGAAUAUUUACCGCUUAUGAUUUUUAUAAAAAGGAUGAAGAAUGGGUGAAACAAAGGUUUUCGAUCAUUGAACAAAAACUUCAUAAAGAGUUACAAGGCAAGCCAGUUCUACAUCUGAACCGAACAGCCAACAAGAAAAGUAUUUGUGUAAGCCGUUCUUUUGAAAAAAGUGUUUCUCACAAAGAAUAUCUUUUUGAUGCUGUUAGUUGCUUUUUGAAUUCAGCAGUGGAAAAACUUCGUCGACAAGAAAGUUUGGCAGGAUUACUUCACAUCUUCAUCCAAACCAAUCGAUUCCAUAAGGGAAAUUACUACUCUGGAAUGGAUAUCAUCCGCUUAACACACACCAAUGAGACCUCUCAGUUUCUCCAAUCAGCGCGUCGAUCAUUUGAUAAAAUUUGGAAACCCCAUUCUUAUAAACGAGCUGGAGUGAUCUUGAGUGAUUUUAUUUCUAUAAAAGAUUAUCAACCUACCUUUUUCGAAAAUGAAAACCUCAAUCCUAAGCUACAGAAAUUACAAAAAACCAUCGAUACCAUUAAUAAAACUCAUGCCAAGCAACAGAUGGGAAUUGCUUCAGUAGGGCAUUUAAUGAAAAAUUGGAAAAUGAACCGAAAGAACCUUAGUCCAGCUUACACAACCAGGAUAGAAGACCUAAUAAAAAUUCACAUUUAA